CAUAACCAAAUUGAUUAUAUAUAUUGGUAGUGGCGGCCGCCAUCCAAUGCAUCUAUCUCGGCCUUCGGUGUUACAAUUAAAACCCGAAUUAUCUUUAACAGAUUCUAAGUAGCAGCGGCCGCCAACCCCUUUAUUCCUUAGCUUUCCGGCAUAUCACGGCAAACGCUCUAAGGCCGGUAUGCGGUAGUAGGGCGGCUCCACUCGAGGACCAUAAACUCAAGGCGGGCACCAGCAGAUUUUGCUAUGGCUUCGCCUGACAAAGAGCGUGCAGCGCAGGUCUGUAGCACCUGCAAGGCACGGAAAAAGGGCUGUGACAAACGAUUGCCCAAUUGCGGGUACUGCACCAAGAGAGACCUCGUUUGCAAGUAUGACACGACAGGCUCUGCCAAAAGAGAUCUUUCAACCCCACUUUCCAGCAUGACUGCGUGGUCCGGGGAGCAGUAUGGGCCUUGGAUCAACAGCCCGAGCCCCAUCCCGUUGCUGACGCAGUUGUGCUCGCUCUCUAGCAGUUCGGAAUGCAAUCUUAACAGAAUUCUAGACUUCCAGGUCAACUUCGUCUUACUCUCUGUAAGCACGACUGUGCAUGAAGUAUGCGAGCGAUAUUUUAAUGGUGUUCACAAAUGGCUCCCCGUCCUGUCGGACACUCUUCUCCAAGAGGCGAUCGCUAGAGCCCAAUUCGCUCCAUCGCCACCAGCAGACUUCUCGCUUCUCAUUCUUACCAUGUGCCUCAUUACAAUCCCCGAGCCAGCUGCUUCGCUAGGGCACACACCGGGAAACCAGGUCACCACAGAAGCACUCUAUAUGACUGUGAAGAUGCUAUUCGGGCAAGUGCAAGCCAUAGUCCCAACCUCGAUACGUAUGGUCCAAGCAAGCAUUAUCAUCUCGGCAUUUGAGUAUGCAUGCGGACGGCCCGUUGCCGCUUACAUCUCGAUGGGAACCUGUCUGAAGAUGGCUGACAGUAUUGGUCUCGACAAGUGCAUCAACACAUCGGAUAAUGACCCAAUGUCGAAACUCAAAGCAAUUGAGGCUUGGAAUGUAUGGUGGGGAGUUGUGAUCCUAGAAAGAAUUGUUUUAUUUGAGGCUCUGGACAGAAGCCGCCAACCUUCAACAGAAUACCCAGGACCAACCGCCUACCUGCCAUUGGACCUCACCCCUGGACAGCCAUUCCAGCCUAAGCCGCCAAAUGCCAAGACUUUUGAUACCCCCCAACUAUCCAAUAUAAAUGCCACUCACAUCAGCACCUUUGGCCGCCAAGCGCAAGCUAUGUACCUGCACAAUGAGGUGACGCGUGCUGCCAGACUUCCGGACAGCAACGAAUCCAAACUACAAGAGCUGAGAUGCCUAGAUGAUACAGUGCAGUCCUUUCUCACACAUAUCAUGGAGGUGCACACGUGGGAGCAGGUCACGUACUGCGGUGUUGUUGCAUCUUCGAUCAGAUCACUUUUUCUUUUACACCAGAGCAUUCUUGCCUUGAUCGGUUCGCCAUCAACGGAUCAUGCCCAAGCGCAUAUAGCCCAAAGCUCGCGUUUGGCCCUGGACACUGCGUCGAAGAUGAUGGUCGAUGUCGCACGCAGCCACAGAGAGAACCUCGUGAAUGCGGAUCUGCUCCCUAUUUGCUGCACGUAUAAUCUUCGCGUUGCGAGAAAGCAUAUAGAAGGCCGAAGUAAUUAUACCGGCAGAAAAAACUCGGCUGACGAUAUAAGCGCCUUGCUGGCACAGGAGAAGGUGUUCCAUGAGAGGUGGUCGUGCUUGCGGCAUCAUAGGAGCUGAGGUUCCCGCUCGAUCGUAAACCCUACCAGAGUACAGACUCGACUUUGGUCCAUACCAACCUGCAUUGCCGAAGGUAAAACGUCCCCACGGCUCGAUUAAAUGUCCACAAAUGCGUAUAAAUCUGAAUAACUAGCCUACAGAAUCAUUUCAAUCUAAGUAAAUCUAACAAGCUCCUUUUCUACUAAAGUUAAAGAGAGAGCACAAAGGCACUACUACCAUUGAAAAGUGUUGCGCGGUUUCUGGUGAACUUCAUAAGCCUUAUUUCGAUAGAGACACGUUUGUGUUGAUCCUCUUCGUUCCCACACAUAUCAUCCAUCUUGAGGAUUGUUGAAAACGUACCUAGAUGCAAGAGACAAUAUACGACAGCGUGUAUAACAAAAUCAGAAAGAAGUACGUCGAUUUGGAGAUUGAAGGCAGCGGCCCCGAAACGGCUGACCAGAAGUCAUCCGACGUCAGGUUUGCAGCCUUGGAAUCCGGAAGCUAGUAAAAAAAAAUCAAGUUCGUUAGGAGCACUCAUCAAGGAUUUUGGAUCUGCUAAAGCUGUGGAUAUUCCCAAGGUGCUCCUAGAAUUUUGUGUUUUCAAAUCAGAUAUUCAGGCAAAGAUUUCGUUUCCAGAGCUCUUCCAAAACUAUACCAUCCCAAAGUAUGCAGCGAGCUGCAUUUGAAAAUAAGGCGGCACGUUCUAAAGCAGAGGCUCUAAAAGACCUAGUAUCAGGAGGUAGAGUAAAUGAGUAUCACGAAGAUGCAGAUAUAGAAGAGUAGUGCCUAAGUAGACGCUGCCGCUACCCAAUUCAACUAUGCCUAAAGUUCCAAUACAAAUGGAAUUAAAAGUCCCCUCACUGCGACAUCCAUUCUAUAUAACCUACAGCAUCUCAUCCUGACAACGACUCAACGCCUAUUAGAAGGGUGUGGCUUCGACUUUGCAGUUAAAUGGGC